GCUGAAUUGAAUUGUUGCAGCGGCCCAUUGACUGCGGCGUUGAGCGCCUCUGAGGUCAGUCAAACGCCGGCCGAAAAAACCGCGUAUCUUCUGUAUCUUUCAACUUUUUGGUGCUCACACUCGACUCGCACACCCAGCAACACUCCUUAUCCCCCGCCCAAAAGUAGAACAACCACAGCGCACAUUCCUGCACCCCGUACGCUCUUCUGACAAGUAGCACUUCUGAAGUUUAAGAUACCCAACGAUCCCCACCGUCCACCUUCUUUCGCACACCCCUUGAAAUUUUGAAAAUUCCCCAAUCAUGGCAUCCUCCUCAUCCUCCCCUUCCUCCUCCCUGCACUUCCAGCCCCACGGCGUCCAUCUCGAUCCACACUCCUCUUCGCCAUUACCACACGGCGAGUCAAGCGUAGCUCUGGAAGAGGAAGAAGAGCACGAUUAUGAGAGUUUACCGGUGGGGCAUGGAUGGGCUACGAACAUGGCUGCGGGAGCUCUUGCGGGUAUAUCUGAACACGCCGCGAUCUUUCCGUUAGACCUUGUCAAGACUCGUAUGCAAGUUCUCGCUCCCCUCACGCACGGCCUCUCCCUGUCCUCCUCCGCCUCCUCAUCUGGCACUGCCGCUGCCGCCGCCCGAUCCGCCCCUCCUCCUCAGCUCAACACCAUCCUCUCCCAUCUCCGCUCGAUCUCCACCACCGAAGGCCUCCGAUCCCUCUGGCGCGGUGUCGCCUCUGUUAUCCUUGGUGCGGGUCCUGCCCAUGCGGCGCAUUUUGGAAUGUAUGAGUUUGUAAGGGAGGUUAGUGGGGGUAGGAAUGAAGGGUGGCAGGGAGUUGGAGGGACGGCGUUGGCGGGAGCGAUGGCUACUGUUUCGAGCGAUGCUUUGAUGAACCCUUUCGAUGUCAUCAAGCAACGCAUGCAAAUCCGCAAUUCUCCCCACCGAACCGUCCUCUCCUGCGCCCGCACCCUCUACGCCACCGAAGGUCUCUCCGCCUUCUACGUCUCCUACCCCACCACCCUCACCAUGUCCGUCCCCUUCACCGCCGUCCAAUUCACAUCCUACGAAUACCUCAAAACCGUCCUCAACCCCUCUGGCGCAUACAGCCCCAUGACGCACGUCAUUGCCGGCGGAGUGGCGGGCGGGCUGGCGGCGGCGGUGACGACGCCGUUGGAUGUGGCCAAGACGCUGUUGCAGACGAGGGGGAGCUCGAGUGAUGCGAGGAUUAGGGGGGCGAGGGGGAUGGGGGAGGCGUUGAGGAUUAUCUGGGAGAGAGAUGGGGCGAGGGGGUUGAGGAGGGGGAUGUGGCCGAGGGUUUUGACGGUGGCGCCUAGUACGGCUAUCAGUUGGAUGAGCUACGAGUUCUUUAAGGUUCUCAUCAGGCAACACGGUGAAUUGCCAGAAUUUGGCCAAUCUGUCUAAUCACCUCCAACAAUACCAUUUUCCUCUCCCUCGCAUCACCACCCGCCUCCGAAACACCUCCAGCAUAAUAGCAUUGUACAAACGAAAGCAGACGAACGUAAUGCGGACGAAGGAAGAGAGGGAGGAUGGUUGAUUGAUGGGUGAACUGGUUGGGCUGGGUUGGAUUGGGGUGAUGGUGAUUCGGCCGACUGACCUCGUGGUCGUCUCGCAUUGUUUUCGGUCGAUGGGAGGAGGACGAAUAGCGUUUUGGGUAUUUGCGUAGCAUUCUCGAGUCAGAGUCGGAGUGGGAGUGGGAGUGGGAGUGGGGAGAGAGCAUACUCGGGCAAUAAUGAGACAAAGGUCUUAGAGAGAAUGUGUAUGUAUAAAUUUA